ACGGGACGUGAGUUAAAGGGGCGGAGGGCAGAAGAGAUGUGGGAAAAUGAGUUCGGAUUACAGGCACUAAUACUCUACUAGGAAGAUGGGCGUAGUAGACACCUAUCGGGUUGAAGGGAGAACUCGGUGGGAAAUAGAGGAUGUAGGGGAGAAGGGACCCAGGUUUUAGUAAAGAAGCUGAGCGCUGGGGAGUUGAGGGUGAGCUGGAAAUGUGUAGAUUUAGUUCUCUGUGAGGCAAUGAGAUUAGGGAGAAAUGGAGACCAGACCCGGGGUGAGUGGUUUUCUUUGGGGAUAUCUUUGGCUUCGUCUACUCUUCUCCAGGUUCUAAAUGGCUUCUAAGAAGUUGGGUGCAGAUUUUCAUGGGACUUUCAGUUACCUUGAUGAUGUCCCAUUUAAGAUAGGAGACAAAUUCAAAACACCAGCUAAAGUUGGGCUACCUAUUGGCUUCUCCUUGCCUGAUUGUUUGCAGGUUGUCAGAGAAGUACAGUAUGACUUCUCCUUGGAAAAGAAAACCAUUGAGUGGGCUGAAGAUAUUAAGAAAAUCCAAGAAGCCCAACAGGAAGCAGAACGCAAGGCCGAGGAAGCAGAAGCUAAAGUGAAUUCUAAGAGUGGCCCAGAGGGUGAUAGUAAAAUGAGUUUCUCCAAAACUCACAGUACAGCCACAAUGCCACCUCCUAUUAACCCUAUCCUCGCCAGCUUACAGCACAACAGCAUCCUCACUCCAACUCGGGUCAGCAGUAGUGCCACGAAACAGAAAGUUCUCAGCCCACCCCACACAAAGGCAGAUUUCAAUCCUGCUGAUUUCGAGUGUGAAGAGGACCCAUUUGAUAAUCUGGAGUUGAAAACUAUUGAUGAGAAGGAAGAGCUGAGAAAUAUUCUGGUAGGGACCACUGGACCCAUUAUGGCUCAGUUACUGGACAAUAACUUGCCCAGAGGAGGCUCUGGGUCUGUGUUACAGGAUGAGGAGGUCUUGGCAUCCUUGGAGCGGGCAACCUUAGAUUUCAAGCCUCUUCAUAAACCCAAUGGCUUUAUAACCUUACCACAGUUGGGCAACUGUGAAAAGAUGUCGCUGUCUUCCAAAGUGUCCCUGCCCCCUAUCCCUGCAGUAAGCAAUAUCAAAUCUCUGUCCUUCCCGAAACUUGACUCUGAUGACAGCAAUCAGAAGACAGUCAAGCUGGCAAGCACUUUCCAUAGCACAUCCUGCCUCCGCAGUGGCAUGUUCCGGAAUUCCCUAAAGCCUUCCACCCAAAGCAGUGCCAGUGAGCUCAAUGGGGACCAUACUCUUGGGCUUUCAGCUUUGAACUUGGACAGUGGCACAGAGGUGCCAACCCUGACAUCCUCCCAGAUGCCUUCCCUGUCUGUCUUGUCUGUGUGCACAGAAGAAUCAUCACCUCCAAAUACAGGUCCCACAGUCACCCCUCCAAAUUUCUCAGUGUCACAAGUGCCCAACAUGCCCAGCUGUCCCCAGGCCUAUUCUGAACUGCAAACACUGUCUCCCAGUGAGCGGCAGUGUGUGGAGACAGUGGUUAACAUGGGCUACUCAUAUGAGCGUGUCCUGAGAGCCAUGAAGAAGAAAGGAGAGAAUAUCGAGCAGAUUCUCGACUAUCUCUUUGCACAUGGACAGCUUUGUGAGAAGGGCUUCGACCCUCUUUUAGUGGAAGAGGCUCUGGAAAUGCACCAGUGUUCAGAAGAAAAGAUGAUGGAGUUCCUUCAGUUAAUGAGCAAAUUUAAGGAAAUGGGCUUUGAACUGAAAGAUAUUAAGGAAGUUUUGCUAUUACACAACAAUGACCAGGACAAUGCUUUGGAAGACCUCAUGGCUCGGGCUGGAGCCAGCUGAGACCAGGCCCUGUCCAGACCCUGCCACGGAACCACCACCCCCCAGAGGCCCUGCAGAGCCCACAUGUGGGGAACAAGGGGCACACUUCUGGAUUUUCUUUUGGGGGGUUAGAAGAUCAGGUGUGGAGACUGUGCUUGCCAGUCUCUGUGAGCCUAGGCCCUGAGCUGGGGAGAAAGUGGGGAAGAUUUGGGCAUAUGAAUGCCCCAGACUUGUCCUGGCUCCUUCAUAUUAAAUGUAUUUGUAUUUGAGAAGUGUCCUUCCCACUUUUGGCCCUCCAGAGAGACUACCUUGGUCUUUCUGGGGUCUCUACAUCCUCAGUAGAAACCUGGUCUAGCUGCCAACAGGAGUGGGGAGAAAGGGGAGGGCUAGACUUAGUGCUGCUUUGGGGUUAGAUACUUCUCCCACUACCUUUAUUGGCGGGUUGAACUCUAAUCCAAGUUGAGUACGAGAAGGUUCUUCCAGGGUUUUGUUCUUUCUCCCUUUUAACAAAGUCUUUUAGUGUUACACUGGUUCUGUAAUGUCUCUGAGGUGCAAAGAAAGCACUUUUCCCCAUGGGGCCCAGUUUGCCUCUUCUGCCAGGCAGUCACCAUGCUUCUCUGUCCAGCCCGUUUCUUUCAGCUUGGUUUGGAGCACAAUCCUCUGCUACCCAAGGUGUCAGAGCCCCUGCUCUAGGAAACCUGUUGUCAGUUUGAGUAAUCAUUGGCCCCUUCCCAGCACACUGAAUGGGUUGAGAAAACAGGCCACAACUCAGUGGCCUAGAGCACUAACCCUCCCCUGUUCUCCUUGAACAGCCUCUUCCUCCAGCCCUUCUUUAGGAUGACACAUGAAUAACACCUAGGUUUAGAAAUCACUCUUUGUUUCUUUUGUAUUAUGUUGUACAUCAUUAAAGAUCUAAAUACAAAGGAUAUACAGUCUUGAUGAAUCUAAAAUAAUUUGCUAACUAUUUUGAUUCUUCAGAGAGAACUAAUAAUAAAAAUCU